AUGUCUGGACGUGGAAAGGGAGGCAAGGGAUUGGGAAAGGGCGGUGCCAAGCGUCACCGUAAGGUUCUGAGGGAUAACAUCCAGGGCAUCACGAAGCCGGCGAUCAGGCGUUUGGCUCGCAGAGGCGGCGUGAAGCGUAUCAGCGGUCUCAUCUACGAAGAAACUCGUGGGGUCCUCAAGAUCUUCUUGGAGAAUGUCAUCCGUGAUGCAGUGACCUACACAGAGCACGCCCGCCGUAAGACUGUCACCGCCAUGGAUGUCGUGUAUGCUUUGAAGAGGCAGGGCCGUACCCUUUACGGGUUCGGUGGUUAA